CUCUCUCUCUUUCUGUGGGUGUGUCAGAUUCAGACCCAAAUGAAAUCUUUCUAUUUUUGUAUUUAAUUUAAUUGUCCCGAUAUCUGAAGCAUCCGUUGGUAUUGGUAAAACCGAAAGUUCGAUAACAUCGAAGGCGAAGAAGUGCUUAGCAAAGGUACAGUUUCAAAUUCAAUUCGAAACGGAAAUGGCUGCUGCUGCUCUACCUACUUGUUUCUCUCCAAAUCAAACCCACUUCUUAUCCGGUUCUUUGAAGCCAACUGACCGAUGUCUUUUGAAUAUUAGCACCUGUGAUCCAUCUCUAACUCCUGGUUUUCAGCGUAAAGCAAAACUUACUACAUCUAAAACCCCUUUUACAGUUCGAGCAGGUGGGGAUGGUGGAAGACCAAAUACUGCAAGUAUCUUUGUUGGUGGCUUUGUGUUGGGAGGCAUGGUGGUUGGGACACUAGGCUGCAUAUAUGCACCCCAGAUAAGCAAGGCACUUGCUGGAGCUGACAGAAAAGAUCUGAUGAGGAAGUUGCCAAAAUUUAUAUAUGAUGAGGAGAAAGCUUUGGAGAGAACCCGCAAAAUAUUAACGGAGAAGAUUGCUCAGUUGAAUUCAGCCAUAGAUGAUGUUUCUGCUCAGCUUCAUGGAGAUGAUGCCCCUAAUGGAGCUGCAGUGAAUUCAGAUGAAGUUGGAGCUUCAAUGUAACAGAAUAUUUGUUGUAAUUGCCAUAUAAACCGUCACUACUUACGUGUGAUUAGUACUGGAAAAACAGUGUUUUGAAUCCUUUAUCCAUUUUAAUUUUCUAUUCGGUUAAUAAAUUCAGGUUGAUUGUACUUAUAUAAAAUAAAUAAAUAAAUUCAGGUUGAUUGUUAAA